AGACCACUCACUGAUCAUCGAAUCUCACAAAUUUGAACAUCUCUUCGAUUUGCAAUCAGACCAGGCCUACCAUGAACUUUGCUCCAUAUGCACCACCUCCUGACGAGCACCGACAAGGAACAUCCCCUAAACUUUCGCGCAAGCCAUCAAGUCCAUCAACUUCGGCUCGCUCACCAUCAUCAUCUAUGAAUAAAUCUCAUCACGAACCCAAUCCUUGGAAAUCUUAUCAAUCUGGUGGUGUUGCUGGUGGAAAUCCUAUCAAUUCCAACCAAUACACCUCUCAACAAAACCAACCCAAUUUCCAAUCUUCUCAAUCUCAUUCUGGUCUUGAAGCCGGGCCUUCCAAUCAAUCAAAUGCAUUCCAAUCUUCUACUAACAGACUCGAGCCUGGUGGACAGUUCUUUCCAAGUCCAGAAGCUUACGAAACAAGAUUCGGUUGGAGGGUAGAUUUAUUAUCAGCUUUAUCUUAUUGUACUCCAUUGAUGGCCAUCUUGAUGUUGAUCGUCGAAACUCGAAACGAUUUCGUACGAAUACACGCCUAUCAGUCACUUCUCAUUGCCUUACCUUUAGCCUUUCUACACUUCAUCUUUCUCGCAAGCCAUUUCUUUCAGGUUCUUUUAUUUCUCAUCGAUCUAGGUCUCUAUGGAUGGUUGGGAUACCAAGCUUAUUUUGAUGCCGAAGUGCUUGAACGGAAAUUAUUACCUCAUGUGGGACCGUUAGCAGAACGUUGGACUGAAGAAGAAUGACGAAUCAUGGUAAAUCAACAAGAUAAUCAUUUGGUAGCGGUGCCUAGGGACUUGAGGUACAUCCACAGACAGAACCAUCACCAAAACAUUUCUCAUUUUUUGACUUUAUCAUUUCUCUUGCUUACGUAUAUUUACUUGGUGUACUCAAUAUCUUAAUUUAUCAUGUUUUAGCAUGCAACCUUUGCGAUGCCGGGACAAGGUAGAGCUACAUACAAUCUCCUCAUCCAGCAUUCCAUCUGCAUCAGCAUCCUCAAGGUGCUAUGUGAUUGUUUGCGUCAUCAUGUUUCACUCAGGCGGAGCUAGGUACAGGGAGUUGGGUGGAUUAAUUAGACUCUGAAUAUGGACGGCUUUUUUCAGAUCUUAAGACAAAGAUGCUUCAGACAACAUUGCAUGAUGAUUUCAAGUGAAUGAUACACACAUUUUGAGUUC